GUAUUUUGGUCUUAACAUGUCACAGCCUUUGGCCCCGCACUUGUCACUGCUGGUGUGGUGUGGUAGGUGUGUGCGGCGGCCAUGAUUGAUGGUGGGGACAGCGGGAGCGAGGGCGAGGAAGUGCUUGAGGUGGACUGGGUAUCUCUCGAGACCAACCUGUCCGCGGAAACGCUGGAGAGUUUGCGACAGCACCUCCAACACCAGGAUGGUGCGACCGUCGCAGCACCCUCAAGCGCUGAAGAGCGAGCAGCGGAGGCAGAACCAGUGUCAGCAGCCGAUGGGAGUAGUAGAAGUGGCGGCGGUAGCACUAGCCCAACGAGAAAUGCGGGUUUGGUAGCACUGCCCGCGUCCAACUUGGUGUACAAGGCAAAGGAGUACUGGGACAGCCGCUUCUCCGAGGAGGAAUCGUACGAUUGGCUAGCGAGCUACGCCGACAUCGCGGAGCACUUGCACGAAGCGGUGCCGAGGGAUGCCCGAGUACUCGUCGUUGGCUGCGGCAACAGCGGCCUCAGCGCGGACAUGUACGAUGACGGAUACAGGCGAGUGGAUAUGGUCAGCACGGACUUCUCGGCGGUGGUGAUAGACAAGAUGCGGGCGAAGCACCUCGCGGCCCGCCCCGGGCUGCGGUGGGAAAAGAUGGACAUGCUCGCCCUGGCGGCAGAGGACGCGAGUUUUGACGCCGUCGUUGACAAGGCGGCAAUGGACGCCUUAAUGGUCGAUAAGGGUGACCCUUGGAGUCCGGACAGAGCCACAAUCGAGCAAUCCCACCGCAUGUGCGCGGAGGUCUCCAGGGUGCUCGUGUCCGGAGGCGUUUUCGUGCAGCUUUCGUUCGAGCAGGUCCACUUUCGGAGGAAGUUUCUUCUGGGCGAGCAUCCCGCCGCUGCCGGUCUUCUUGACGCAAGACGGCAGGGCGAAGACGAGGGGCACAGCAAUGAUGGCGAGGGGGGGGGUCCCUAUGGCUGGGACUUGCAGGUGCACGACAUCCAGAGAGAGGGGGGGUGUUUCGGGCAGUUCUUGUACCUCUUGAGGAAGCGAUGAGGGGCGGGGGACGGUGACAAACUGCGGGGUGUGUCUCUCGAAUUAACCACGAGUAACGACGUGGUUUGGUGUGUAGACACUUAGGCGUGCCGAUUUAAGAACAAUGGGAGACAGCGUUGCCAGGUGCGGUGGCGCUGCUGGUGCUGCUGUAGAAAUUGCGUGCCGUCGUGGUGCGGCGCGGCACCGCAGCUUGCACGUGAAAGCGAGCCCCACCCGGUCUGUCGUUUAGGCCCGGAAAGCGAGAACAACGUGUUAGCGAAUGGAGUGGAUUCGUCUCUGUUUGAUGUGGUGGUAAGAUUUGCCCCGCCGCAAGGCGCCGAGUCAAGCGUCGUACCGUAUACGACACAAGAUAACACACCCCGGUGCUAUCUAGCAUUUCGAUUUAAAAAUGGAGUUACGGGGUGUGUUCAUGAACCCUCCUAGUACCCAGUCCCUCUGCCAAAAAAGAUGCCUUAAAAAUGUUUGUCAGCGAUUGGUCAAGGGGCUACAGUCCCUCCAAAGAUCUGAGCUCCGCCGGACAAAGGGCGACUUGGCUUCGGUAUGAAAAGUGUCCUCAAAACAUACUGAAGCCAAGUCAGCAAAUCUUUUCAGCACCAUGCGAUGUAUAGUUUUACAACCCAGGGGGCACGCGGGUUGGGAGAUGCGUACAGCAAGUCAGAGGCCCAGGAGAGGCACCACACAGCAUGUCACACAGCGUACCACCUCAGCCAAGCAUGAUAGACCAAGGGUUCUCACGUGCGUCGCACACAGCGGAGCCUAUGGUGACUACAGUGCGGGUAAUAGGCGUUUUGAGUGCUGUGUCCCAAAGUGUCCCCAUUUGGGCUUCCAGAACUAGGAGGAUUAAUCUUGUGCCGUGUAUGAUACGGUAUGCGGUAAACCAUGCACGGACCCCCGGUGACGCGGUGUUGGCCAAGAUUUGUUUGACGCAGUAUGGUGUGAAUAGCCCAGCCUUACGUGGGUUUCCCCUUUUUCGAAUUAGGCUUGGGGAGGAACAAUGCAUUGAAAUUGAGAGUGUCCGCGGUUCAUUCCCGUAGAUAUAUAUGCGGAACACCUUGACGUGUGAGCUGGUAGAAAUCGCGUAGUGCGUGAUGCGGAGAAAGUCGAGUGAGUGUGGAUACCGAUUAGUCUCGAAGGGGUUCCGGGAUUGACGUUUAGCAGGCCCUCAUAAGUGCAAGUCCAGAUUCUACAAGGCAAACACUUAUUCCUGAGUGUUGCGUGCUGUUUAAGGAUGUCAUUGGGUAAGCUUUGGCUUGACAAAGACCAGGAGUGUUAAUCAUGUUCUACGCGUUACCGAACUCCAAGGUCUUGAAUAAUGAAGUACGCGGCCCAUCAUUAGAUCGAUUAAGGAGUGCCUUAGAGCUGGCGGUUUCGGCCCAUGUUCCUCCGUUUAACUGCUGCUGGUAUGGCGUACUUACUUGUGGACACACACCGUUUCGCCUCAAGUAUCAUGAGUUUGUUGCUUCAUACACAUGUUGCAUAGUGUCUGGUUUUCGAGAAACCGCCGCGACGUGUGAUACCGUUGCUACAACCGAGCG